ACUCGGGAUGCUACCGAAUCCGCCUUAUACACUCACUCUUACCCAUUAGUUAUAUCUCGUCCCCCCCUUUUAGGCUGCCGUAUUGAUUGAUGCUUGCCUGUUUCCAUACUUGUCCCUGGCAGGAUUCACAAAACUAAAAAACAGCCCUGCCGAGCCUCAUAAAAAGCUAACCUUGGAAUAUUACUUCGUGUAUAAAUGCCCCUUGGCGUAAAAUGACGCGACCGCGCGUACCCAGGGCCAGCGCUAUCGCCGGCGCAAUCGCACGCGUUCUUGGCAUGGGAGCUUCCGUCGUCUUACUGGCCAACCUUAUCUACGAGAGCGUCAAUUGGGGCAAGACGCUGGCGCUGUCCGUCACUGUGGCCGUAAUCGCGCUCGUCGUCGACGGCUCCGAGCUCAUGGGCCUGCUGGACUCCACGCGCACCAUCUCCCGCGUCUCGCCCGCCUGCGUCGUCUGCGGCGACCUCCUCGUCCUGUGUCUGGCCAUCCCCUCCAUUUUCCUCAUCAUGCUCAGCAAUAGUAACAAUGAUGCCCCCGACAGCGAUCCGCCCCCUGAUCCGGACCCGGGGCCCUGGGCAAGUACCGACUUUCUGUCGCUGUCUGUCACGUUUGCCAUAUGUGGCUUGAGGGUUUUGCUCAUGACGUGGAGCUUCGUGGUCUGCUGUCGUGUGAUCAAGCAGCCUAGGCGGCGCGACGGUGAGGUGUCUUCUGUGGACUCUCCGAGCGAGUUGCAGGACGCCUCGCAUACUAGGUAGUUAGGCUGGCUGUUGUUGUUGUUGUUGUUGUUGUAUUUGCUAGAUAGGUAUAGAGUUCAUCAUGCAAGCAUGUUAUCUAUAAAGUCUUCACGAAAUCCCGCGCCAUAAUAAUGUA